AUGAAUGGAGUAACAAAUAUCCUGACACUACUCCUGAGCCUCGGAAUUCUCAGCUGCAGAGUUUCGGGCCAGAAAUCAUCGCCAAUUGCCAACUGGCACAUGAGUGAUCCGCACUACACGAGGGAUCAGUAUGCCAAGAUCCUGGGAGAGGCGGGAGUGGGACAGGAUCCCGAUGAGAAGGACCCCAAGGGAUUGGGUCCCAUGCAGAUUCAGUACGUGGACUACCAACCAAACUGUCAGCCAGGCGGAAUCCCAGUCUGUGCCACCAAUGGCACCGAGAACUUCUACUUCGAGAACAGCUGCUUCCUGGAGGCGGCCAACAUUAAGUUGCUCUUUCAGUACGGCACAGAGCUUGAGCCCACGGAGAUGGAGAGAUGUCUUCCCACCUGCCAGACGAUGAAGUGCACCAAGGUGGAGCGACCAGUUUGCGCGCUGGCCGAGAUCGGAGGAGCCCUGCCCCAAACAUUCAUCAACGAGUGCGAGAUGCGACGACGAGAGUGCCACACGAAGCAAGUCCUGCGAAUCCUGCACGCGGGGCCUUGCGAAACGCCAACGAAAGCUCCUCGCAAGAAGAAGUUGCGCCGCAACAAACACAAGCGACCUUCCACAAAAACCACCAUCCACAAGUUCGCCGAACAUCCGAAGAAGGUGUACAUCAUGCUGGCCACACCGGCUCCAUGGAGCACGAGCACCACUCCCAGGACGACCAGCACCACCACCAGGAUCACCACAACAGCGAGGAGCAGACCCACCAAGCUGACCAGCACAAGUCCAUCGCCAAUGCAAUUUCAGCAGAUCAUUAACCUGGCGAAUCCCAUGGUUUCCGUUUCGAGGGCGGUGGAUGCCUACAAUGUGUACAAUAUACCCGAUGUGGGUCAGGAUUACGCCGAGAUAACCGACUCCUCUCUAUCGAUGUUUUUGCCAGAAGUGGGUCGUGUCACGGAGCCGUAUUCCAUGACCAGUAGCACCACCACCACAACCACAACCACUACACCCAAGCCCACCCUAUUCUCAACUACCACCAAGGCUUUUAGGACCACAAACCUUCAAGGAAACACCACGAUUAGAGCAUACACCACUCAACUGGUGCCCAGCACCACUGAAAUUGGAAAGGAAACCACUGCGGAAUCCACAACAGAGAAUUUUGAGCCCAUGACCUACCCAAGCAGCACCACCAGCACCACUGAGAAAACCACCGAGCAUCCCAAACCCAAAACUCAUUGAUAAAAAUUAUUGUGACUUUUUAAACUCUGCUAUUUAAUAUUUAUUGAUACUAUUUAUAAAGCAGCUUAAGAUGAAUAAAAUUUAAAUUA